CAGCUCUGCUUGGGACGUGGUGUCUGUGCGCUCUGCGGUCUUUGUAGUAGUUUUCGACUUUUCUACGCUGACGGUAAAGCUCUCAGUUCUCGGACGACAAAGUCAAGAUGCGCGAGAUUGUGCACAUUCAGACUGGCCAGUGUGGCAACCAGAUCGGAGCUAAGUUCUGGGAGGUGAUUUCGGAUGAGCAUGGCAUUGAUCCAACCGGAGCGUACCAUGGCGACUCUGACCUCCAACUGGAGAGAAUCAACGUUUACUAUAAUGAGGCCACGGGCGGAAAGUACGUUCCGCGUGCCAUUCUUGUCGAUCUGGAGCCCGGAACAAUGGACUCCGUUCGCUCGGGUCCCUUCGGCCAAUUGUUCCGCCCUGAUAACUUUGUAUUCGGCCAAAGCGGCGCUGGCAACAACUGGGCUAAGGGCCAUUACACCGAAGGUGCUGAGCUAGUAGAUUCGGUUCUUGAUGUCGUCCGCAAAGAAGCUGAGUCAUGCGACUGUUUGCAGGGCUUCCAGCUCACCCAUUCCUUGGGCGGCGGAACCGGCUCCGGAAUGGGUACCCUGCUCAUUUCAAAAAUCCGUGAAGAAUACCCCGACAGGAUCAUGAACACUUUCUCUGUCGUACCUUCGCCGAAAGUGUCCGACACUGUUGUAGAACCUUACAAUGCGACCCUGUCGGUGCACCAACUUGUUGAAAAUACAGAUGAGACCUAUUGUAUUGAUAAUGAGGCUCUGUAUGACAUCUGCUUCCGCACGCUCAAAUUGACCACACCGACGUAUGGCGACCUCAACCAUCUCGUGUCAGCCACGAUGUCUGGUGUGACUACCUGCCUUCGUUUCCCCGGACAGUUAAAUGCCGACCUUCGCAAACUGGCGGUGAACAUGGUGCCUUUCCCACGUCUGCACUUCUUCAUGCCCGGAUUCGCGCCUCUUACCUCUCGCGGCUCGCAACAGUACCGCGCCUUGACUGUACCCGAGCUGACUCAGCAAAUGUUCGACGCCAAGAACAUGAUGGCCGCGUGUGACCCACGUCAUGGGCGCUACCUGACCGUUGCAGCCAUUUUCCGAGGACGCAUGUCCAUGAAGGAAGUCGACGAGCAGAUGCUUAAUGUGCAGAACAAGAACUCAUCAUACUUCGUCGAGUGGAUUCCCAAUAAUGUCAAGACUGCCGUCUGUGAUAUUCCGCCCCGUGGAUUGAAGAUGGCCGCCACGUUCAUCGGAAACUCAACCGCUAUUCAAGAAUUAUUUAAGCGCAUCUCUGAACAAUUUACUGCAAUGUUUCGCAGAAAAGCUUUUCUUCACUGGUACACUGGAGAGGGUAUGGAUGAGAUGGAGUUUACCGAAGCGGAGUCGAACAUGAAUGACCUUGUGUCCGAAUACCAGCAGUACCAGGAGGCUACUGCUGACGAUGACGGUGAGUUCGAGGAGGAGGAAGAGGUUCAGGAAGAGUAAAUCGAGGCGCUAAAAAACCACAGGAAACCGGAAACGGCCAUCAGGGAAAAAGUCCGAAAAGAUAAGCCUCCUUUUCGUGCUUUGUGGUCUGGGUCCAAACACAUGUCGUUCGACCGAAGGAGGCAUGACGCAAAAGAAAAUGAUGAUAGAAGCUGGAAAAAGUCAAUGAGCUCGAAAUAAAUGAAAGAUGAAAAAAUGUGCCCACGAAUCUCAGCAGAAUCAGCAGUGAAUAUCAGUCGGUCUAAUCAAAUAGUUCCCCCGUCUCGCCACUGCCAGGUUCUAUAGGGCUACGCUUCUUUAGCUGUAGCGUUAAAGAAAGAAGAAAGCCAGCAGGUCACAAGGGGCCUUCAAUAUAAUUUUAUUUGCAAAACAAAAUACAUAGAGAGAACAGGACGAUGUGUGAAAAGUAUUAUGAAGAUAUUUUACGACUAGCAGGACAUAUACACAUCAACCGUUCUUCUGUGAUGAUGACUUUUUCAUGGAUAAAGUUGAGCGCUUAAUGGUUAAAAACAUGAAGCAUCGUAUGCCGCGGAAGUAUUGUCAACCACCAGAUCGAUACUAACCUCAAUACGCAUCGAGCUGCAGUAUCGACAUAGCUCUUGCAUAUGAAUGUGGAAAAAGAUCAUUAGCCGAGAAACCGGAUAAAGAUGACGAUCAAUUAAAUGUGUGACUUGACGGGGGCUAGCUAUUGGGAAAGAGUACGCAAGUGAAAGCGUGAGCUGGGAACUGAAGAAGCACGAGAGGAUCCACCUUUAAUAUUAUUCGUAACAACGAACGCAUAAAUAAAUGACCAACAAUACGCUACUGCUACAUCAACCAGACCGAUUCAACACCAACAAUUGCAACAACAACAUAAUGACUAUAAUAACAAUAAUAAUAACAGUAAAAUAUAAUCAAGAAGGAUGUAUUAAACCUACGAAUGAGCAGUAUUCAAUUUCACCCAAUCUCAAAUAACGUGGAGCUAAAUAACGUGAACAGUGUGUGCAGGCAGGGCUGACUACCUUUUUCAACUAAUUUAUUAAUCUACAUAAAACUACCGCCUAGCAGAAAGAUUAUAAGUAAUCAUCAUAUGAUGAUGAAGUUCAGGAGAUAACAAGAGUGUUCAUGAAUGUUGCGUAAAAAAGGCAAGAUGCCCAAAGUCAAGUGUCCUAUCGGGAAAGUGACAUGGUCAUUUCUACUUUUUCAAUAAAAUUAAAACGAGUUUAUGCAGUUUACAUGCGUAUCAAUGUAUUAUCGAACGUAAAAAUAGAAAAAAUAACCAAAAGCGAAAUACCCAAAAAAAAGCUAUAUAUAUAUAUAUAUAUAUAUACGUUUUCAGUGCUAUAUUGAUAUAAAAUAAAUAGAGAUAAAAGCAGCAGAACUCAAGAGGAUCGAAAUCAUGAUUUCUGAAACACAACGUAGCCAACUAGCCAUGCUAUAAAUAAUGGUUUCAAUAAGAUAAAAACAAAAAAAGCGAAAGAAAUCAAGGUAGAAAAAAUGUCUACAUAAAAACA